UCGCGCUCUGAGUUCUUUUUAAAACACGCGGCGCAAAACCUCGAGUUCAGCCAGCCGGGGCUCCGCUCUGGUUAUCGGGUAAUCGAUAGGCGGAGUCAGCUGUUUUCCGUUUUUAUCGUCUCGCUUGCACAACAAUUUCAGCGGCAUAUUUCCACAAUCUUGCAGCAUUUUCCCAAUUUACUAAAUCAAGAUGCGCCUGACGAACGUUUUAUUCAAGAAGGUUAAGAGCAAGCGAAUCAUGGUCGUACUGGAAAGUGUGGUCAGUGGCCAUCAGUAUAAUGCCUUUCGCGAUCGCUUGGCCGACAAAUUGGAGAUAAUACGCUUCGAUCCGUACAUUCAACAGGAAAGCCUUUACCGCGAACGCAAGAAAAUCCGCAGCGCCUAAGAAAACCCAUUCUUUGUUAGUAAGCCAAAUAAAAGUUAAAACCAUAAGAAAAUGCCAAGAUAGAUGUGGUCAUCGAAUGUGGUUUACAAAUCUGA